GCGACGGACUUGGGGAGGGGAAGACGCUCCGUCUGGCUGGGGUCACCCUUCCAGGGAACAUACUGGCUUUAGAGUGGAUGUGCCCCCCGGGCCUCCCCGCACUCCAAGAGAACCUUGACACUGCCCAUCUUCCUCAUCCUUAACGAGCUGGCAGGGAGGGGAUGAGGUCAGGAUGGAGGGCACGGUGACGUCCUUUUAAAAAACGCUUUAUUGAGGUAUAAUUUAUAUACAAAAAAGGCACAUGUUUAAUAUAUACAAUUUGAUGAGUUUGGACAUAUGCAUACAUCUGUGAUACCAUCACCGUAAUCAAGGACUUGGCUGAGCAAGCAAAAGAAAGCCAGAACAAAGGAGAGGAAACCAACAAAGAUAACUUUGGAAGCACUGAAUGCAGCAGAACUGGAACCAUGGAUCUCAAGUUCAACAACUCCAGGAAAUAUAUUUCCAUCACUGUCCCUUGCAAAACCCAAACAAUGUCACCUCACAUCAAGUCAAUAGAUGACAUUGUAGUACUUGGCAUAAAUCUCAGCAAAUUUAACAAACUUACUCAAUUUUUCAUAUGUGUUGCUGGAGUUUUUAUAUUUUACCUAAUUUAUGGAUAUUUACAGGAAUUAAUAUUUUCAGUGGAGGGUCUUAAGUCCUUUGGCUGGUACCUUACUUUAGUACAAUUUGCAUUUUACUCCAUAUUUGGCCUAAUAGAACUUCAGCUUAUUCAGGACAAAAGGAGAAGAAUACCAGGACAAACCUACAUGAUAAUAGCUUUUCUAACUGUGGGUACUAUGGGGUUAUCAAAUACUUCUUUGGGCUACCUGAAUUACCCUACCCAAGUCAUCUUCAAGUGCUGCAAAUUGAUUCCUGUUAUGAUAGGAGGAGUUUUUAUUCAAGGGAAGCGUUACAAUGUUGCAGACGUGUCUGCUGCGGUGUGUAUGAGUCUUGGCCUGAUAUGGUUUACCCUAGCUGAUAGCACCAUUGCACCCAAUUUCAACAUGACAGGUGUGAUCCUUAUUUCCCUGGCACUAUGUGCAGAUGCUGUCAUUGGAAAUGUUCAAGAGAAAGCUAUGAAACUGCAUAAUGCUUCUAAUUCGGAAAUGGUUUUGUAUUCGUAUUCAAUCGGUUUUGUGUACAUUUUAUUGGGAUUGACGUGCACUAGUGGGUUAGGCCCUGCAGUAGUCUUCUGUUCAAAGAAUCCAGUUCAGACCUAUGGUUAUGCUUUCCUUUUUUCCCUCACUGGGUACUUUGGAAUCUCCUUUGUUCUGGCUUUGAUUAAAAUUUUUGGUGCACUUCUUGCUGUAACAGUGACAACAGGAAGAAAAGCAAUGACCAUUGUACUUUCAUUUAUAUUCUUUGCUAAGCCAUUCACAUUUCAGUAUGUAUGGUCUGGUUUGUUAGUUGUCCUUGGCAUAUUUCUCAAUGUUUACAGCAAAAAUAUGGAUAAAAUAAGACUACCAUCACUAUAUGAUCUGAUAUCCAAAAAGGCAGAAAUGAGAAAGUCAAGGACGUUGGCACAAACUGUAUAGGCAGCAAUUCAUCCAGUUUAAGAUAAAGUUCUAUGGGAACAAUCAUCAACUAAUUAACUUUCCAAAGGGAUUAUUAUAAAAACCAAAGGAUCUGAAGGCAAGCUUAUAAAGGCAUCCAUUUGUGGAUGGAUGGAUUACGCAUGAAGUCAGCCUUUUCAGAACACUUGUUGGACUGCUUGCCUUCUGAAGCAAUCGAGACAGCCACGUCUGGCGCACCUUAGGAUAAAAUGUCAUAGAAAGGACCAUAAUUCUCUGGAAAUCGACCAUGUUGCAAGACUAAUUGGAUAUCAUUGUGACAUAUCAAAGAAAUUGAUAUGUAAUAGCAGAUUGCUUUGUCUUCAUUCCAUUUUGGUGUUAUUUAAAUUGAUUCUCUGUUAUAAGAGUGAACUGAUGAUUUAAAGUCUAGAGAAAAUACUUCAUUAUAAAUAAAAAUUCUGUGAUUUUUUUUUUUUUAAAGAAUGUGUUAGUAGAUUUUUGUUAUGAAGAGGGAAGAAACGGUUGGAGUGAGGCUUUACAGAAACUUUAAGACAACCUAUUUCCCAGUAAUUUAAAAAAUACUCUUUAGAGAAAGUAUACUCUGAGGAUGCGAAAUACAGGCAAAAUAGUAAAGGGAGUCGUCAUCCUGUUAUCCUGUAAGUGUACAUCACAAGAAAUACUUGAUACUACUCAUCAAAGAAAUACUAAAAGAUUUAAUAAUUCAGGUUUUUUAAUUGAAGGGAAAAUAACACAUAAUUUUACUAUUUUAUAAUAAUUUUUCUCAUCAAAGUAAAAUUCAAUUUGGCAGCUUGAAAAUAAUAUGUUGCUUUUAUAGUUUUGAGUCUAAACACAAAAAUUUUGGCCCUUAUGUUUUAGCAGUAAGUUUUGGAAUUGCUUCCACUCUAUUAAAGAACUCCUAUUUAUCUUCAUUUUAUUUCUAAGUAAUGUUGGUUAAAACAGCUUAAUAUCUAUGCUAUUGGUGAUACCACAUAUUUUGUGAGUAUAAUAUACUUGGAAUAUUUAAUUUCAUUAUUAAAGUUCCAUUGUAUUCUGAUGAUGACUUUAACCUAUAAAUAAAUAUGUGGGUACAAGAGCCCAUGAUAAUUUAAAGAUCUA